AUGCCUCGAUUCUCCGGCGCCUUCAGCCGGCGCAAGUCUGUCGCCGAUAAUCUCGAAAAUGUCGACCUCAACGCUCCCGCCCAGCCUUCAUUCAAGGUUUUAGAGCGAAACACACACACCGUCACUAGAUCGUUCGAUGGUGGCGUCAAGAUGGCCAUACCCAGACCCCCUCAACAUACUCUCCUCAAGCCCGGUCAGGACCCCCAUGAGGACAACAUGUUUGCCGACUUCAAGACCAGCCGCGGCAGCGGCCUUUCGAAUACUACGCAGGCCACCUCGACCGAUAACUCGUCCCGCCACAGCAAUGCAUCAACUGCACCCUCAUCCGCCGACAUGCAUGCCAACUCCUCGCCUAUUGAGGCCCGCCAUGCGAACAAGGCUCCUACCCCCCCAGAACACGAUUCACCUGGUCGUGGGGCCUCGACCAAGUCCAUCAGCACCUCGCUGUUCAAGGCUCCUCGCACCUGGUCCUUUGGAGGGCAGAAAAAACAGUCCGUUCCGCCUCCCCGAGAUGAACCCGCUGUUCCCGACCUGCCGCCCGUUUUGACAAUACAAACGGGUUCUGCCAGCGUCCCAACACAACCCGCUCGGCUACCCGCCACCCCGAGCUCCCCUGAAGAGAAAAAAGCCCUGGACCUUGGUGGUGACUUUGGUGCCAUGUUCUCUGGCCGGGGUCUCGACACUGUCCGCGAAACGUCCUCGAACCCCAGGUCCCUAACGGGGGCCCGAAAUAACACCAUGCCUGCUUCCAUCUCAGAGCCAUUUUCUCGUACAGACUCGACGCCCACCCCGACGUACCCCAUCGAAUACAAGAAAUCCACCCCUUCUCCUGUCCUCGACGAAGACGCCAAGCUCCUCCGCGACUCGUUUACUGCCAUGAAAUUCCUCAACCACCCUAAUCCCGGCGUUGGACUGUCAGCUACCGAAUCCUUUUACGCUCGACAGCCCAGAGACGAUCCCAUUGUCCGCAAACCAGUCACCAUUGCCGAGAGCUUCACCAAGGACAAGGAGGAUAACCUGUUUGAGGGCCGCACGUAUUCUUUCGCCAAAAACAACCACAGAUACAUCAGCCAGCGCACCGCCCACCCUCCUCGAAACAAGGUCAUGACCCCUGCCGAGUUCGAGAAGUACAGGCAGGACAAGGAGAGGCAAGGCAUGACACCAAAGACAACUGGCCCUGCUUCAAGCGCUGAGCAUGUGACACCCACUCCGCCACCCAAGCAGCAAGAAGAGGAUGACGAAGACGAAAUCAACUAUGACGACGACGAGGACGACGCUGAGAAGUCCAGACAGCAAGUGAAGCAGCGCCGUAAGCAGGAGGCUCACAUGGCUGUCUACCGCCAGCAAAUGAUGAAGGUUACUGGAGAGCAUGCCGCUCCUCCAAUUCCCCUUGCCCGUCCCAACCUACCCGCGACGCUGAGCGCUCCACAGCUGUCGACAAUGAAAAACCCAGCAAACCCCAUUUCCGGCGUCUCCGACGAGGAUGAGGACGACGAAGUCCCCCUGGCCAUUCUUCAGGCUCACGGGUUCCCUGCUAAGAACAGGCCCCCGACCAUGUUGCACGUGUCAGGCUCGAACCCGAACCUCCGAGCAUCCUAUCAACCAUCCAUUUCUCGCCCUCAGUCUGUCAUGGGUGACGCUCCCUCGAACCAAGCCAACCGACGACUCUCGACACUCCCCGCUUUCGCCCGCAACCUCCCACAGGACCCCUUCGUGGGUGCGUCCAUCCACAGGCCGGCCGUCCGAGAAUCGCUUUCUUUCCACGAGGGCCCACGCAACAGCCAGGGCCUGCUGCACCCCGGUGGCCUGGUCGGUGUCAUCGCCAAUGAGGAACGUUCCAGGGCUAUGCGCCGUGGAAGUCCCAACAUUGAUGCUGGCAGACCUAUGCCGCCAAACAUGUACCAGCAAGCUGGACCUGGUGGGUAUGAUCCUAUGACAGGUAUCCCUCACCAGAUGAUGUAUGGUCAGGGUGGCAUGAAUGGCGUGGGUGGCGGGCAUAUGAUGCCUGGGAUGAGCUCUGGGGACCAGGCACAACAGCAAAUGACACAGCAGAUGCAACAAUUUAUGCAAAUGCAGAUGCAGUUCAUGCAGAUGAUGGCGAUGAACCAGAACCAACAAGCCCCUCCAGGGAUGCCGCAGAUUCCUCAGAUGCCUCAGAUGCCUCAGAUGCCCAACAACCCUUACCCUAUGCAACAGCAGCAGGGCCUCUAUGGUGCAACCCAGUCCAUGGGUAACCUGUCGUCACGCCAAUCAGUCAUAGGCUUGGAACCGAUGAUGGAUCGCUUCGAUCCCAAUAUGCGCACCAUGAGCAUGGUUCAGCCUCCACCGCAGCUCAUGGGCCAUCUUCCUGGCUAUGCCGGUUCUACCCAUGGCUCCAUUUCUGGCGGCAUGGGAUAUACUCCUUCCAUUGCACCGUCGGAACGCAGCAACGUUGGACUUCCUGGCCGCUACAGAGCAGUGUCUCAACUUGCCGUGCCGUCCUCGAAGCCUAGCCCGCAUAGUGAUCCUUCUGGUAUCAUGCUGACGGUCUCUGAUGGCCGUAAGAGCCGUUCGUCUCUCACCGUAACCCGGAAGGCGUCUGAGGGAUCCGACGACGACGACGAGUCUGGUUGGGCAGCCAUGAAGGCGAAGCGCGACAACAAGCGAUCUCUAUGGCACCGGAAGAAGCCUCUCAGCGGCGAUCUUACCAACGAGCAGCUUGCUGGUAUCUAA